AUGUAUAAAUAGCUCCUACCUUGGCAAGCUCUAACUAUCAUAUCGCAGUUCAUUUCACAAACGGUAUAUGAAACCAUAGUUCAUUUCAAUCCUUCCAUAUGGCUCAAGCUGGUGUACAUAGAGGAGGCUGUUGCCGACUCCUCUUCCUCCUUGUUACUGCUCUUUUGUUGCGAAGAUCCUGUGUUGUUGGACAGCAAAGCCAAUCCAAGAAAAUUUACAUUGUCUACCUUGGGGAGAGACGACACGAUGAUGCUGAUGUCGUCACUGGUUCCCACCAUGACAUGCUCGCCUCUGUUUUGGGAAGCAAGGAGGUGGCUCUUGAGUCCAUCGUGUACAGCUACAGACAUAGUUUUUCUGGCUUUGCUGCAAGGCUCACAGAAGCACAAGCGAGCACGAUACGAGGUAAUUAAUUAAUCAUUUUCUUUACCGAUAAAAAAUUAAGAGGACACAUAUAUAUUCUAAAAUUAAUUGGGGCACCAUGAAUCAUACUCCCUCCGUCCCCUAAUAUAAGGGAUUUUGACAUUUUGCUUGCACUGUUUGACCAUUUAUCUUAUUCAAAAAAUUUUGAAAUUAUUAUUUAUUUUAUUUGAG